CCUGACGGGGAAGCGAUGGAGGCCGCGGCCGGAGGGAGCCGGGCGGGCGGCCCCGGCGAGCGGGAGCAGCGGGUGCGAGCGCUGAGCGCCGCGCUGCGGGCCCGGCUCGGGCCCUACGAGCCGCUGCUGAGCGCGCUGCAGGCGGCGCUGGUCUGGGAGCGGCCGGGCCGCAGCGCGCUGGGCUGGGCGGGCGCGCACGGCGCCUUCUGUUUUUUGGCACUGACAUCCCUUCGGCUGGUGUUCUUGGUUGCGUUUGGCCUGAUAAUAAUAGUUUGUUUAGAUCAAUGGAAGAAUAAAAUCUGGCCUGAAAUUAAAGUGGCAAGAUCUGACGAAUCGGACAAUGAGAGCUGGGGCUAUGUUCACCCUCAGUUGCUGAGUGUGCCGGAGCUGUGUCACCAUUUAGCUGAUGGAUGGGUUACUGGGGUCACCUUCUUAAGGAAUCUCUUCGUUUUCAAAAGGCAAAAUCCGGGCAAGUUUUGCCUUUUAGUGUGUGGAGUCUUUACAUUCUUGGCUGUUCUGGGCCGAUACAUUCCUGGACUCUUGCUCUCGUACCUUAUGCUGCUCUUCAUCCUGCUAUGGCCUCUCGCAGUGUACCACAGGCUGGGGCAGCGCAUGUACAUGAAGCUGGAGCCAGCCCUGCAGCGGCUGGAUUUCAGUGUUCGAGGCUACAUGAUGUCAAAGCAACGAGUGAAGCAAUUGCGCCAGCAAGCGCUGAACCAGGAGCCUGCUGAUGCUGGGACUGACAGUGAAGAAGAACUUGCUGCGUUCUGUCCCAAGCUGGAUGAUUCUGUAGUUGCUAAGGAAUUGACUAUCUCCGACUCUGAGCAUUCAGAUGCUGAAGUUUCCUACACUGAGAAUGGGACGUUUAAUCUGUCAAGGGGACAAACUCCACUGACUGAGGGAUCUGAAGAUCUUGAUGGUCACAGUGACCCUGAAGAAUCUUUUGCCAGGGAUCUCCCUGACUUCCCUUCCAUAAAUCCAGAGGUGACUGGAAUAGAUGAUGAAGAUGACACCAGCAUUGGGAUUCCCAGCCUUGCUUACCGCUCGCAGGGCAUGGAAGAUCUGCGUCACCCGUAUAACCAAGAAGAAGCUGUCCCUGCGCUCCUACUAGGGGCACUGCCCUCUGCGCACAAUCUUACAAAUAACUUAGCUGGAUUUGUCACCAGAGGCAUGAUACAAUUAGCCUUGUCAGGAGCCUCUCAGCCAGGCCCUGUAUGCAGUGACAAUCUGCAGAGAGGCACAAAAACCUAUCUUAGAACCUCCAGCUCUGACUUGGACACUGAUGCAGAAGGGGAUGACUUUGAACUGUUGGAUCAGUCAGAGCUGAUCCAGCUGGAUCCAGCUGGCUCCCGCGGCCAGUAAGCAAUCACACUUCCUUUCCUUCUGAUUUUUCUGUCAUGAGUAGCAGAGGGGAAUCUUCAGAAGAAAAAGCGUUGUACAGUAAUCUAAAUUUGUCUCCUGUGGGUACAAGUAGUACGGCAACCAAUCCUGGCUGGGUACAUCACUGUGAUGUGAAUUGGUAGGGCUAGCUUGGAUUUCAAAAUAAACCACGCUUUGGUCAUUCACAGGGCAGAGGCUUUUGAUGCGAUAGCCCCAGUAGCACCCACACAUCACUCUGCAUUGUCUACUGUGAUGCUCCUUGCCCUAAACCAAACCUGCUCACUUGAAACGAUAACUGCUGAGUGUGUCUGCAGCUCUAGUGCCCCUUGGCAGACAGACUUCAAUCUCAGUUAGGAAUGUUCUUGCACCAGCCCAGUCUCUUGCAGCAGACACUCAGCAGAAGGUGAACAGGACUGGUUUCCUCUUAGAAACCUGGAUUAUGCUAUUUUCACUUUAAAAAAAAAAAAAAUUCCCUACUCCUAAGUCACGCUUAAAAACAACUGACAUUUCUCCCUCUUCCCUCAGCAGUAUCCAGCUGUCUUGGGUAGAAAAAACAAUCUAAUGGCAAAAGCAGUUUCCUCACAAGUAAUGACAUAAUUCAUAUUGCUCCCCAUCAAAACUCAAGCUUUCCAGUGACGCUAGUUUAUAAAAGUCAUAAUGGCAAUAACUCCUCUACUGUGCUGGUCCCAGUCCUUCGGGGAGCAUCGGUGCAGCACCCGCUAUUGCAUUGCCUUUCUAAAAGGAAGGGGCUUAGUGCUGGAUUGACACUCUGCAGAACUAAAUUCUCCCACUUUACUCUAGAGCAGCUACCACCUGGGCAACAGCAAUACUACAUUCCAUACCCUGCCCUGGCAUGGAACUCCUGAGCUGCUGUGGAGGGACUGCCUGAGGGGGGGUGGAGAGGAUUCAGUCUCCAUGGCCCAUUUAGUUCUUGGCCUCUGUGACAUUGCCCAGUCUGAGGCAGUAUUGUGCAGGGAGGACACCUGUCCACUAGGCCACCAGCUUGCGUCACACAAGCCACCAAACAACUGGGAGAUGGUGACUAUUUUGGUCACUUUUAGACUUGAGCCAGCAACCUGAAGGGGAGGCUCUGUAAACUGACUGGCCUGAGCCAUCCAGUCCCUAAAUUUCCCGAUGCUUUUCUAAGCCAUAGAAAUUGAUACCGAUUACACUUGUGCAGCAAGCAGCUUCUCUCUUCAAGGAAAUUCUCUUGUUCAAUUCAAUUCUAGCUUUCAUUUUAUUUGUGCAUUUUUAAGUCAAAGUUAGGCUGAAUGUAGACUACCUGUCUGGAAAUCAUGGCCAUAUAGAAAUCUAAGCUAUAAAAUGGACAUGUGUUGGUAUUGAAUUUAAAUUCAGGAAUUGGGUGACCUUUCUAGGUUAUGAAUAAGGAAAAAAACUAAGGAUGUUUUAUCCAUAAUUAGUAUCAAAUCAACCUGGUAGGAUAAAAAUCAACCUUAGCUAUGGUGCAGCAAGGGCACCCCAUAAUAACCAAAAUGGACACGGGCCUAAAUUGGCAUUGAAAACAAAAUAUAGAAAUAGCUCCAACCCCAAAUCCUUAAUUGGGUUAGUUUGGACACUGUAUAUACUUGGCUAUUGUACAGUGUUAACAUUCUCAUUAAAAAUACAAAGAUCUUGUUCACUGAGCUUCGAAAAGAAUCUGUGCCCUUUACCUACUAUCAGACCUGCUUCUUGCUGCCUCUGACGACACUCCUGCCUCAGUGCUGCGGUAUCCAGUGUGGCUGGGAUUAGUCCAGUACCACGGAUAUGACUACAGAAAGUGCUUUGUGUAGGCUGCCUUCUCAGUAGUCUGUCACUGCCUACUGCUUUCAUGUCAGUAAAUGGCCAUUUCUCUUGGCUUGCAGGCUACAUUAACACACGCAAAAGACUAGAAUCUGCCCCAUAUCACUUGAGAGCAAUAACUAAAUGAGCCACUAACUAGCACUUUAAAUUGUUUGAAACCAUUAACCUGGGACUAGAUUCUAAAAUCUACUUAGUAUAGUCAUUCUGCUCACCUACAAGGCUCUGAUGGUGUCCUCCUCAGCUGAUCUAGUGAAAUUUUAAUUCUUAUUGGUAAGGGAAUUUCUGGGAAUAAUUCUUUAAUGUAAGAGGAGCAUAUUGCAGGAAACUACCAUGUUACUGGAACUGCCUUUCACCAAGGGCAUGGAAUGGGUGUAGAGAGCAGAUCUCAAUCUGUCACGCUGGACAGGUUGUCAGUCUCACUUUGGGGGUUGAGAGGUUUCCGAACUGGUGAUGGGAGGCCUGUGAUAUAGGGAAGAGGAGCUGCCUCUUACAAUGUCAAGUACUAGGUUCUGGAACAAGCACAGCAAGAGCCCAGGCAUGCAUAGCUUUAGUAAAGCCCUGAUGCAAACUUGCAUGCCGUAGUUUUAUUAAACAAAAGCCCUAUGUUAGCACUUUGCAAACACUGAAAUGAACCUUGUCAUUAAGUCUUAAUGUCUUGCAGGUUGUUUGAAGAAAAUAGAUUCUCACUGUGCAGCUAUUGCAUGAGUAACUUACAGCACCAGAGGUUCAAACUUCAGGUACCAACGUGACAAGUUGACUUUUUUUAAUCCCGGAAAAAGUAUUUAACUCUUAUGUGAGAUCUUGCCUUUUUCCUACUGUUUCCUCUUCUCUGCUGUGAGGAAGAGCAACCGUGUAUGAAAUCAGCCUUUUACACUCCACAUUGGUGUUAAUACCAUGCUGUAAAACUGUUCAGAAGUUCUGGUGUCCCUAAGUACUUAAAAACAAGAUUUGCAGCUCCCCAAGUCAUAGGAAGUCCUCUAAACUCAGUUGGCUUUAUUAGACACCUGGAUAGAUUAAUUGUAUCAAAUCAGGGUAAAACAAGUAGAGUGGUGGUGGUCUCUGAAACAUCCCUGUUUAAUUGCAUCUAUUUGUAAGCAAUCAGCAUAAUCAAAACUAGAACUGAAAAAACAAUGCUCAGUGCUAAUGAUUAGUCUAUUUUCAGAUGCAUCUACUAGCGAUUUAAGAGUCUGUGAACACCCAGUUUAUUCCCUGAAGCACUAAUGACACUUCCUGUGUCACAGACUCGUUUCUUCAGCCAUUCCUUUGACCCCAACCCUCCAAAAAGGCUGGGCGUUAUAGGGGAGUGUUGUGGUACGAGCAGAGCUAGGACACGGGUGUUCUGAGCAUGGAUCUCCUACGGAUGGCUGCCUCUGCCACCGGGCAAGUAACUUUUUACUUCUACAUACUUCAUCGUUCCUAUUUAAAAGUUACUAGCCUCUUAUGGGGGCGGUCAAGGAGGAGAAAAUAAACCAAUCCAUGAUGAGCAGUGUAGGUUUUCCCAGACUAUUUCCACUGCUUUUACCAGUGCAGACUCCAAAACGAAGCUUCCUACACACCAUGUUGUGAAUUUUUGGAUCCAUAUUUCCAUACUCAUUACAGCCCUCCUUGUCCAUUGUGUAAUCAUCACCAUGGCUUUUAAGGCUGAAGAAGAAUGCCGUACUCCACUUAAAUCUCUGAAAAUUCUUAUGAGUUAUGUCUUUACUAGUAUACAGUGUUGUAACAGUGUUGGUCCCAGGAUAUUUUGUCUUUACUAGUGGCAGUCUACCUGUCUUUUCUCUUGUAGGGCCAGAUAGAAAACAACACCUUCUGCAGACUUUUGUGGCAGAACCCCUCCAAAUGAUAUAUAACUAUGGAUGGGUGAUGAGCACCUCUAGGUCAAAGUGCUUUCUUUGCUGCAGUGCAAAAAGGGAGAGCUAACCCAUUGUAACAAACAGGGUUGUCUAUUCUCAGCUGUGGCACAAGUGAUACUAGGGCUGCUUAAGUAUAAAUCUUUGGAAUACUCCUGACCUGGCCAGUCUCUCGCCCCCACCGCCUC